AUGAGCCGUAAGGUUGUGGCUCUAUUCAGGCGCUCCGCUGAUCCUAUGUUGCGCACAGCGGCGAAGAAACGUUGGCUGGAAGACGCACGGGAUGGAGAGUUGGCUAUGAUGAAGACUGGGCUUGAUCAGUCCGGAAAACCUCGAUUGGAGGAUGGGGACCGUAUAAGGGGCCCUGGGAAUGGAUUUGUGCUACCAAUGGUGAAGUUUGGCCCUGGUUGCCGGAGAAUCUCUGGUCAACCGGUUGAGGCUUGGAGCCGCAGCGGUGGUCGGCAGGCAGAGCCGACGCUCGGCGAUGAAAAUUACGGAUUCGAACUGACGUGGAGCAGUUGGCGGCGAAUCCGUUGUACCCGAAUUGCUUCGAGCCUUUCUCUGGUCUGUCUUGCGCCACCGACGAAACAAGUCGUGAAGCUGCAACAAGAAACAAUGGCAGAGCAGAACAUAUGCCAAGACCAAAUCGUGGAGUUCUUCACGGAAGAUGUGGUUGUGAGUAUGCAGAGAGCGAAAAUGAGUCUCCUGGGGAGACUGUUCAUUGAGAACCGGCCGAGUUUGUCUGUCAUUCAUAAGAUUGUCACUAGUGCUUGGGAAUGCAGGAAGAAGGUUCAAGUGAUGGAGGCAGAGAUGGGUCUUCUGCAAUUUCUGUUUGACGACACGGAGGACAUGGAAUGGGUGCUAAAGCGCACGCCGUGGCCUGUCAAGGAUCGGGUUUUACACCUCCAACGCUGGGCACCGGUGACGGAGGAGGUCUUUGAUUCCCUUGGAUUCGCGCCCUUCUGGGUUCAGAUGUGGGGGAUCCCAUCCCACUGCCGUACGAUCGCGUUUGGUAGAAGGGUGGCGGAAACGAAAUUGGGCGAGGUUCUUGAUGUCGGCCUGUUUGGAAUCAAAGGGGAGUCCGACCAGUUUGUCAAAGCCCGGGUGAAAGUCAAUGUUCUCCAGCCGCUGCGGUCGCAAAUUUGGGCUAGCAAUGAAGUCGCCGGAAAAUUCUGGGUGACUUUUGCCUAUGAAUUCCUUCCCCUGUUCUGCUUCCAUUGCGGGCGAUUGGGGCACAUGGAACGGAAUUGUGUGUUCCCAGACCCAGCUGGCGAUGAGAGAUUUGGCCAAGAGAUGGCGACGACGGAGGUGGGCUACCGCCUGAAGGAAGAAACACUCAAACCUGCUCAGUAUAAUUAUCCUCCGCUGCCGCAGUCGGUUUGGGUGAACCCCAAAACAAAAGGGCAGGUGGCGAAUGCGUCGGCGACGGCUCGGGAAGAAAAAAGGAAGGCUGAUGCAAAGAGUACUGAGCGAGAGGUGGUGCUGGCGCUACCGGCAGACGGUGACCGAGCCGUGAGAGGGGUGCAGGGAGCUGGGAUACGCGAGGGGAAUAGGCAGGGGGGAUCGGCGGGGACCCAGAAGGGAGGUCGGGGGUCCCGUGUGGAGGAGACUGGACCCCGGUCGAAGCAGGUUAGGGAGCCUGCCGGGCUGAGUGCUGGAACCCGUGGCAAACAAACGGCGGCGGGUGGAGGGAGGCCGGAGCUGGGAUUGAAGGGGCGUGGAGAGGGAGGGAAGCCAGGAGGGAAAGGAAAUGCAAGAAAGGAGGAGGAAGUGCCGGCGGGGAGGGGCUCGGAGCAGGGGCAGGAGAAGGGGUCGGGUGCUAGGGGAAACGCGGGGAUGGAAGGGCAGAUGGCGGGGGGAUUGAAUGCGGCGGAAGGCAAAGGGGCAAAGAAGAAGGCGAAGUCACCAGGAUUGGAAAUUAAUGGCGCUGGAAAGGUUGGGGAGCAGGUCUCGGUGGAGGGUGCUCAAAAACCUAAUGGCGAGCAAGUUGAGGUGGAACCCGAAGUGAAGGAAGCAGGAGGGAGCUCAGAGAUGUUGGGUGUGGCCCCAACGGAAUCCUUAUGCAGUUCGUCUCCAUGCUCUGGCGGGUGUGGAAGUCUCGCAAUUGGGUUGUCUUCGAUGGAUGCCAGUAUCAGAGGGUGGUCUUAA